AAAUAGUCAUAAAUUCUAAAAUUUAUUAUUAUCGACAAUAUUUUAGAUCUUACACUUAAAUAAAAAUGAGAUUUUCGUAAUGAGUGACAAAAAUGAACAAAAUGAUCCUAGUAAGAAAGGAAAGGUGGAAUGUGAUCCCAUAAAACGAACUUUUGAUGGCUGCAAUCCACCCGUGAAGAACAUUACACAUCCGUUGAGGUACUACGAAUUCACUCGUGAUGAAAUCAAAGUUCUAGAAGAAUGCGAUAAAGAGAGCUUUUAUCGUCGGUGCCUUCCUUUCAGCACUCUUUUUGCCACAGCUACUUACACUGCAGUCAAAUAUGGAUAUUUCAAACCAAAUGCCCGGUUUGGAGCUAUUCCUAAAAUAUCAUUUGCGGUGUUGGUUGGUUACUUUGUUGGGAAGCUAUCUUACCAAGAGGCAUGUGCUGAAAAACUGAUGGCCUUACCAGGGAGCUACAUUGGACAACUCCUCCGUGAAAAAAAGCAAGGGAGGGUAGGCGGAGGUGGAAACAUACAGAACCCUCCGAGCAUGUUCGGCGCCGGCCCCAACGACAUCUACUCGGACGCGGGCCCCGGCAGCUCGCUGGACCUGGACACCGACCGCCCGGUCUUCAGCGACGACUCUUAUCGCCCCGAUAAUGAAGGUGGAGGUUUCCCCUCGUUGGGCCCGGACAGCAAGCGCCCUGCUCUCUCUUACGAUGACCUCAGGCGCAGGAACCGCGGCGAGUACACCGAGGCUAGGCAAGACCCGUACAGAGUGGACCCGAACACAGUGCCGCCAAUAACUCGCGCGGCCCCGGUGACCGACGCGCCGCCGCCCGCGCCGCGCCACACCAACCAGUACGGCGACGUUAUGGAUUAGCACAAUG